AUGUUCUUGAUCCUCGGAGCGUUGCGUAACUUCAACACUGGCAUGAAUGCCCUGCGUGAAGGCAAAUGGCGAGGUCAGCCAGCGCCACCUCUUGGCCAUGAUCCCCAAGGAAAGGUUCUUGGAAUUCUGGGAAUGGGUGGAAUUGGACGUAAUCUGAAGAAGAAGGCUGAAGCUUUCGGUAUGAAAAUCAUCUAUCAUAAUCGCCACAAGCUCAGCGAGGAGAUGUCUGCGGGGGCUCAGUAUGUUUCUUUUGACGAGCUUUUGUCCACCAGUGACGUGGUCAGCUUGAACUUGCCACUUAAUGUAAGUGACUUUCACUUCCCAUCAAUGCAUGGAGUAUGUUCUGAUGACCGAAAGAAAAACACCCACCACAUCAUCAGCAAAGCCGAGUUUGCUAAGAUGAAACACGGCGUGGUAGUGGUUAACACUGCCCGAGGUGCUGUCAUGGAUGAAGCUGCCUUGGUCGAAGCUCUGGGUAGCGGUAAAGUAUUCUCAGCCGGCCUGGAUGUAUUUGAAGAGGAGCCUAAGAUCCAUCCGGGCCUGCUAAGCAACCAGAAUGUGAUUCUGGUUCCUCACAUGGGUACUUGGACCAGUGAGGUGAGUUUUGUUCUAUCCACAGAGAGAGAAAGGCCAUGA